ACAACAGAAACACGGAAGUAGCAUCUAUCAGCUGACACAACUCGCUUACAACUACAUUGUGUUUCUCAGUUUGUGUCUGUAAAAGGCAGCUUGCAUUAUGGAGGACCAGGAAAUGCAGCUGAAAGUCAGACGAGUGACUGACAAAUUCACGGAGAGUAUGUACGUCCUGGCUAACGAGCCGUCAGUGGCUCUCUACAGACUGCAGGAACACGUCAGGAGGUCGCUGCCUGAGCUGGUGCAGCACAAGACAGACAUGCAGAGCUGGGAGGAGCAGAGUCAAGGAGCCAUCUACAGUGUAGAAUAUGCCUGCAGUGCUGUGAAGAGCAUGACGAACAGCAGCUUGUAUUUCAAAAACAUUGACGGCCUUCUCCGUCAAGCUAUCAGCAUGAAGGAACAGAUUAGCAGCUCUCAAGGACGCAGUUUACAUGAUGUGACCCCCUCUCCCAGUCCCCUUGUCUCUGCUCCUCAUGCCCCGUCCACUUCCUCAUGACAUCAGGACAGAGGUGUCCAAGGAAGAGGACUAUGGACUCAGGCAUGCUAAAGGAAGGGGGAGAAAAGCACAACUCUGGGAUGUGACGUGACUUCCUGAGCUUUCUCGUGUGUUGCUUCUACAGUCCCUUGCUCUGCUACCUCUUGAUUGAGGCUGAAGUGGGGUCAUAAGGGCAACACCUCCUCAUCACAAUGGAGUGACUGCCUCCACUGACCCCCUCCCAGUACAAGCCGCUCAGUGGAACAGAGCACCACAGCACUGCCAGGUUCAGCAUUAAAAACACUUAAGUCAUGGACGCUGGUCAAAGAAUGCAUUGUUCUCUUAGACUCGCUGGGCAGACCAGAGAGAAAGCAGCAGUGCUGUUUUUGCCUCUGCUGCUGAAAAUCCACCACACCGCCCAACGUUUUGGACAUUAGGUUUCA